GCCCGGCGCCGCCCGCAGGCCGGGGCGGAACGUGCGGCGGGCGCGCAGCGAUGGCGGCGGCCGAGGUGGCGCGGCAGGGUGAAGGCUGUCGUACCGUCCCGCUUUCCGGGCACGUCGGAUUUGAUAGUUUGCCUGACCAGCUGGUUAAUAAAUCUGUUAAUCAUGGGUUUUGUUUCAACAUCCUGUGUGUGGGGGAAACCGGUCUUGGUAAGUCCACCCUCAUGGACACCCUUUUCAACACCAAGUUUGAAGGUGACCCAGCAUCUCACUCACAGCCUGGGGUCCAGCUGAAAUCCAGUACGUAUGACCUGCAGGAGAGCAAUGUCAACCUCAAGCUGACUAUUGUAAGCACAGUGGGCUUUGGGGAUCAGAUCAACAAAGAGGACAGCUAUAAACCCAUUGUUGAGUUCAUUGAUGCUCAGUUUGAAGCCUACUUGCAAGAAGAACUGAAGAUAAGAAGAGUCUUGCACAACUACCAUGACACCCGGAUCCACGCUUGCUUGUACUUCAUUGCCCCGACCGGCCAUUCCCUGAAAUCCCUGGACUUGGUAACGAUGAAGAAGCUCGACAGCAAGGUGAACAUCAUUCCUAUCAUUGCCAAAUCUGAUGCCAUUUCCAAGAGUGAGCUGACCAAGUUUAAAAUUAAAAUCACAAGUGAACUGGUCAGUAAUGGGGUGCAGAUCUACCAGUUCCCGACAGAUGAUGAAUCAGUGGCGGAGAUAAAUGGGACAAUGAAUGCCCACUUGCCAUUUGCAGUGAUCGGGAGUACGGAGGAGCUGAAAAUAGGAAACAAAAUGAUGAAAGCUCGUCAGUACCCUUGGGGCACAGUGCAGGUGGAGAACGAAGCUCACUGUGACUUCGUGAAGCUGCGGGAGAUGCUGAUCCGCGUGAACAUGGAAGACCUUCGUGAGCAGACCCACACACGCCACUAUGAGCUCUACAGGCGAUGUAAACUGGAAGAGAUGGGUUUCAAGGACACUGAUCCAGACAGCAAACCCUUCAGCUUACAAGAAACCUACGAAGCCAAAAGAAACGAGUUUCUGGGAGAGCUGCAGAAAAAGGAAGAGGCAAUGAGACAGAUGUUUGUCCAGAGGGUCAAGGAAAAAGAAGCUGAGUUGAAGGAGGCUGAAAAAGAGCUGCAUGAAAAGUUUGAUCGCUUGAAGAAAUUGCAUCAGGAUGAAAAGAAGAAACUAGAGGAUAAGAAGAAGUCUCUGGAUGAUGAAGUAAAUGCAUUUAAACAAAGGAAGACAGCAGCUGAAUUGCUUCAGUCACAGGCUCAGCAAGCUGGAGGAUCGCAAACUCUUAAAAGGGAUAAGGAAAGGAAAAAUUCGGGUUUCCUGUAGAACCUUUCCCUUGGCCCCAGAGGCGAAUGCCCACCCUCGGCUGUGCCGUUGUGCCUGUUCGCUCACCUUUCCCACUGCUCCCCUCCCGCUCACACUCGGGCCAGGGCAGAGCCCUUGGCUGCUGGCCUUGUUCUUGGGAGGGACCCAGCUGGCCAGAGGGGCUCGUGCCAGGCUCUGCAGCCCUUGGGCAGCAGCAGAUGCCCACUGCUCCUGGGCAAGGUCCCCUGUGCCAUUGCUCAGCUUUUCCCUGCUCCGUGCUGCCAGAGCUGCUUGGGGUGCAUUUAGCUCCUGCUGUGGGUGCAGCCUGGUGCUGCCGUGGGGUGGGAUGUGCUCUCUCCAGACACUGGCUGCCCUCUCCCCAUGUUAAUUUGCUGUUCCUAAGCCCUCAUUACCCCCUCUGCUGCCAUGUGUGACUCAAAUAACUUUCAAGGACGUUUUGCAAAACUUGACAUCCUCACAGGCGUGGGCCUUGAGUCCAAACCUCUACUUCCCAGGCUUGAGGAAAUCUCAAAUUUGGAUCCAUGGUUUGCAACUAAGUGUUCUCUGAAUGCUGCAGGGGUCAUGAAGGAUUUCUUGCCUGGUCUCCCUCUCAGUGUGCUGACCUGGAUGCACAUCCUGGAUCCAAUCUCAGGGAAAGCUGGUCACCUUGCUGUACAUAUCAGUGUUUCUGAAGAAAGACUAUGCUGUUUCAUUGACUUUCUUCUCAGUGAUUCCAACAAUUUACGGUUUUAAUGCAAAAAAAAAAUACUACCUUUAUUUUUUUUAAAUUUGACAUCUCUUUAGAACUGUACAGAUGUUGACAGGUUUCUUCUCAUAUUUUCUGUUCAGCAAAAGCCUUGUUUUUAUUGCAAGAUUUGCACUAAAAAGGAGGGUGUUUUGCUCACUGGGCCAGGAGCUCACUCUGGCCAAGUGCAACUGUGGUUUGCCUGCAAGUGUCGUCUCUCUGUAUUUCUGCCUGAGUUUUGUUUUUAAAUAAAGAGUUCAUCGGACAGUGAA